GGCCCCGGUCGUCGACUCUGCGCCUCGCGUCUCGGUCGGAGUUGAUGGAUCCCCAGGCUGGAGGAGAACCGCCGGCCGCCGAAGGCUCGUCCAACUCGGCGCCGACGGCGAGGAAGAGGACUCCCGGGAGGUGGAGAAGGAUCCCACGCGCCCACCCCUUCACGCCGAGUAAAACGCCGGAAGAAGCGGAGUUGUCAAUGCUGAAAAACGCCGAGUUCAUUGAGAACAUGCGCGAGGAGGACUGCGAUCUGCUCACGGAGCAGGACAGGCUCGACUUCCACGCCUUCAAGAAGAAGAUGGGCCCUGCCAUGCGCCUCAUCGUCAAGUCCACGCUCGACAACACCUUCUUCAACCCCAUACAGUUCAGCGACACAAAGGAGGAGCACCUGAGCGCCGAGGACAUGGAAGCACAAAUAUCAGCACGAUUUCCUGAUCGCAAGCCUUGCCAACAAGCAAAAGACUUUGCUGAACUUGCUCUGGCGCACUACAAUGAGAAGAACAAGACGAGCGGGUUUGAGUUGGCCACGACUCUGCUAUCGAAUUGCUUCUCUGAGUCGUCUGGGGACAUUUAUGGCCAUGUUAAUUUCACCGCCGUUCCUAAGAAGCAGACUGCUUCAAAGACCAAGAGGCUGUGCUUUGCUGAGCUUAUGCAUACUCCAAGCCUUGAAGCAUAUGCAAGGGCUCAGCCUAUGCGCGUGCUGCGUGUGUGCACCAUUGAUGAUGAUUCUUGUUAUGGUGGGUGCCAUGAGAUAUUUAGAAAGAUUGAUAACAAGAGGAGUGAUGACAUGGAUUAUGAGCGCUGUCACGCGUGUAGCGACCGUAUCAAGCAUCCGAACGGGCAACUGUUUGAUGGAGGGCAUAACAGCAGCAGGAUGCCAUACUACUCUGCCUAACCUAAGCAUUUUAUGUGCAUCGUUGAAAAGACGGAAGUAGUCAAGUGUUGGGAACUUGGAUGCAUCUCACUGCAGUGAAUUUAUAAUGUAUGCUGCCAGUGCAUGGAUAAGUAAUGCUUGUAUUAUAGCUAGUACUGCAUCGGUGAUGCUAAGUUAUUGUACGUGGCGUGUGGGUAAUAUUAAUAAGUUAAUCUAAUGUGUGUCAAAUCUGAAAGAACUUUCCGUCUA